AUGUCUAGUGCUCCUUUCAGAGCAACUGUCAACGAGUAUCUUGAGGAUUUGCCACCUCAAGUUCAGUCCCGGCUUUACACAUCGCCUGCAACAUGUUUGGCAAUCUACAGACUGCUGCCUAAGUUGGCCAAGUUUUUCAUCAUGUCCAUGGUCUUCAACGAAAACGAUGUUUCAUUGCGGGAUCUUGAUAGAUGGGUCCAAAGCAGCGGGAAAUUUCAGCUCAACGAAGCAAUCAAAUCCAUGAAAUCUCUACAUCUGUUGAUAGAGGGUCAGUCUGGACAGCCUUUCAUGAUCAAUCUCAACUCUAUAUUCCGAUCCAGUUUUCGUAAUGCUCUCACGGGUGGAGAAGUCAAUAACUCGUUCGGAAAUGUGAUAGAGGAUGAACAUGAAAUUGUACAGCCAGAAAUGCUCGAUCAAUAUGCGGCAAACAAAUGGGAAUCGAUUCUGCAUUUUAUGGUAGGCACACCACUCACGCAAACGCCUUCCAGAAAUGUGCUUUCCUUACUGCAGCACAGCAAGCUCAUGGAAGAAAAUAACACUGGAGAAUUACAGAUCACCAAUGAGGGGUUCCAGUUUUUGCUGCAGGACGCAAAUGCCCAAAUCUGGACUCUUUUAUUGCAGUACCUCCGGCUUGCAGAAACUUUGCAAAUGGACCCCGUGGACGUGCUGAAUUUCAUCUUCAUGUUAGGAGCACUCGAACUGGGUAAGGCCUAUAGUGAUUCGCAUUUGAGUGAUACUCAAAAAAUCAUGUUGCAGGACAUGCGUGACUAUGGUCUGGUAUUUCAAAAGGCUUCCAGUACCUCUAAGUUCUAUCCUACGCGACUCGCUGCUAUGCUGACGUCCGAUAGUAUAGGUAUCCGAUCUGCCUCUAGCGCGAUGAAUAGUGUUUUGAGCCAAGGUACAACCAGCAGUUCGAAGGCAGAUGACACCGCCGCUGCGGCCGACGACAGAGAACAAGAUGCAUCCCAAAUUGGGACAACGGCAAGGAAUAUACCAGAUGGAGCGGUCAUCCUUGAAACUAACUUCAAAAUAUACUCAUAUUCGAACUCACCCCUGCAGAUCGCGAUUCUAGGCUUAUUUGUGCAUCUCAAGGCAAGGUUUACCAACAUGGUUACCGGCCAAAUUACAAGAGACUCUAUUAGGAGAGCGCUUCUCAAUGGUAUUACUGCGGACCAAAUCAUCGCAUACAUGGAGACACAUGCGCAUCCACAAAUGAGAAGACUUGCAGAACAGACCCUAGAUAAGAAGUUGGAACUCGACCCCAAUUGCAAAGAAGGUCUACAAGUGCUUCCGCCAACUGUGGUGGAUCAAAUCAAGCUGUGGCAACUUGAGCUCGACCGUAUUAUCAAUUACGACGGUUACCUUUUCACCGAUUUUGACAACAGUCAGGAAUACAGCUUGCUGUGUGAUUAUUCCAGCGACAUAGGAGUACUACUAUGGAAAGAUGACAAGAAGAAAAGGUUUUUCGUAUCUCAGGAAGGUAACGCACAAGUGAUAGAUUAUGCUAAGAGGAAGCUAAAAAAGAAAUAG